UUUUCAUCUCCAAGCAAUGGGGCGUGGUACUUUAAUUAUUUCCUAUUUCUGAGCGUACAACCUAUCCAACCUCACAGGUGUUCCUUGAGGCCCUCUGAAGUGUUUGGGGUAAUGCCUGUGUCGCAGCUUCAACCCUUCGCCGAAAAGGACCCCACUUGUCUUGCGCGCUGCCUGCAAAAAAACAACCGGCCAACCUUCCUUCCCUGUUCGUACAGGUUCUCGGUUCAGUCUCGUCUAGUCGAUCGGUCGGUCACUAGAGCCGUGGGCUGUCGGCGGGCGGGCGGGCAGGCAGGCGCCUGGGGAAGAGACGAUGGACCAGUGCGUGACGGUGGAGCGCGAGCUGGAGAAGGUGCUGCAGAAGUUCUCGGGCUACGGGCAGCUGUGCGAGCGGAGCCUGGAGGAGCUGAUCCAGUACGUGGCGGGACUGCGCCGUGAGAUCCUUCAGAGCGAGAAUCAAGAUGGAGAUCUAUCAGGGACAAUAUCGCUUGUUAUGACCCAGUGUUGCAAACGAAUAAAGGACACUGUUCAAAAAUUGGCCUCAGAUCAUAAAGACAUUCACAGUAGUGUUUCCCGUGUUGGGAAAGCUAUUGACAAGAAUUUUGACUCUGACAUCAGCAGUGUGGGAAUAGAUGGAUGCUGGCAGGCUGAUAGCCAGCGGAUUCUGAAUGAGGUGAUGGUAGAACACUUUUUCCGGCAAGGAAUGCUAGAUGUAGCCGAGGAACUUUGUCAGGAGUCUGGACUCUCUAUAGAUCAAAGUCAAAAGCAACCAUUUGUGGAGCUCAACCGAAUAUUGGAAGCACUUAAAGUUAGAGUUUUGAGACCUGCAUUAGAGUGGGCUGUAUCAAACAGAGAAAUGCUUAUGGCACAGAAUAGCUCUUUAGAAUUUAAGCUACAUAGAUUAUAUUUUAUUAGUUUAUUAAUGGGCGGAACUGCAAACCAGAGGGAAGCAUUGCAAUACGCUAAAAACUUUCAGCCCUUUGCUCUGAACCAUCAGAAAGAUAUUCAAGUAUUGAUGGGAAGCUUAGUGUACCUGAGGCAAGGAAUUGAAAAUUCUCCAUAUGUCCAUUUGUUGGAUGCAAACCAGUGGGCAGACAUCUGUGACAUCUUCACGAGGGAUGCCUGUGCUCUGCUGGGACUUUCGGUUGAAUCACCUCUUAGUGUUAGCUUUUCAGCAGGUUGUGUAGCAUUGCCAGCUCUAAUUAAUAUAAAAGCUGUGAUUGAACAGAGACAGUGCACUGGGGUUUGGAAUCAGAAAGAUGAACUACCGAUUGAAGUGGACCUUGGCAAAAAGUGUUGGUAUCAUUCAAUAUUCGCCUGCCCCAUCCUUCGUCAGCAAACAACAGAUAAUAAUCCACCUAUGAAGUUGGUUUGUGGUCAUAUUAUAUCAAGAGAUGCUCUAAAUAAAAUGUUUAAUGGCAGCAAAUUAAAAUGUCCCUAUUGUCCCAUGGAACAGAGUCCUGGAGAUGCCAAACAAAUAUUCUUCUGAGGACACAAUUCACUAUGUAAUUUAUCUGUGUGUUUUGGAAGACUGAAGCUGACACGUCCCAUUUUAUGCUGUACAGGCCGAGGAGGACUCCUGUGUUUUGUAUAAGCCUAAUGCGCCAGAAUUUUUUGCCAACAUUUAGUGCAGACAUCCAGAUUGGAAAAGCUGCAGAAAUACUAUCUGUUAUAGGGCUUUUACUCUAACCUUGGUCUUCAUAUCUGAUCAAGAUACUACACCAGCAGUUGUCAUUCAGUGCAGGUUUUUGUACUAAAAUGUAUGGUGACUUCUCUUGUUAAAGCAGACACCAACCAAGCACUAUAUAGGUCUAAUAUUUGUCCUGCUUUUUAUCACCCUGAAAGAUGAGCAUCACCAUAAAGAAUGUACGGGAAAAGUUUUGAUUUCCUUAGUGUGUAAAUAAUUAAGAGAGAACUUCAGAAAAAGGUUUGAUAAAUUGAAUAGUGGUUAUAAACAUACCUGUAUUUCUGUUCUUACUGGUUUAUCCCAACUCAAAGCUGUGAUAUUCGAAGGGUUUGGGUUUUUUUGUUGAACAUUUUUCCAACUUUUAAACAGAACUUCAAAUGAAUGUGAUUUUAUAUAUAUAUAUAUAUAUAUAUAUAUAAACUACAUGAAUAUUUAACAGAGUUCAAAACCAUUUCUGAUUCCACGAUUGAGAGCUUUGUGUAGCUGAGAGUAUUCAAUAAAUGUAACUCUGGACUGGAAAGAAAUGUUUGUCAAUGGAUACUUACUCACCAGAUUUAUUUAGUCUUCUAACCUAAGCUUUGUACUCAAGAUCAAUGUCGUGUUGCUGUACAGUUUAGUAGACAUGGUAAGUUACAUUAUUUAUAAAGUUAUCUGAACCAAAUAAACUGUUGAUAACGUACAUUAGUAAGAUGGAGAAAAGAACAUGUUCCAAUGAUGUAAGUAAUCCUGUAUCCUGUUGAUCACAGGAUUGGACCUCCAUCUUAUUAGAAACUAAUAUGUCUUCUGCAGUCAAGAGCAUUGUGCUUAUGACCUUGUCCUCACUGCUACCCUGACAACCAAUAUCGCUUUCUUCUCAAAUUUGUCAGGACAAAGGGGAAAUCUAGACUAGACACUUAAUCGAGUUUAACUCAUUUUCUCUUUCCACAGAAUCUUGAGAAUUGUAGUCUAGGAGGGGAGGUGCUAGGGAUCUCUAAUGUUCUCAGUAUUGUUGCCAAGCUACAGUGCUUUGGAUUCUCUGGGGAAAGCUAUGAUAGAUAAACUGAUAUAUGUUUGUACUAUAGAUUAUAUCUGAAGGGACUAUGUACUUCUAAACUUGAUGCAUGUCAUGACAAAUGUCUUGCGUGCAUUCAUUGCAUUGUCCUCUAAUGGGGCAAAGAAGCUACUUGCCAUGCGACAAUAUAUGAAAUAAUAGAUUUCUUUAUUGUGUGACUUAAAAAUAGGGCUGGCCCACCCAUUAGUCAAGGUGAGCCCCUUGCCUCAGGUCAUGGAUUGGGAGAGGCAGUGGAACAGUGUUCUCAGCCCAUUCAUUUGCUGUCUCCGCCCAUCUACAGUGCUGCCCACCUCUGUUUGGCUGCCUGACCAUUGCUGCUAGUGCUGCCUCUGGCCAGCGAGUUGCCAUCCCUGGCCCAGUGGCUGCUACCUAGGACUCUUGGAGAAUCCCACUAUGUUGCUGCUAUGGCAAAGUGAUGGUGGUGCUUCUAAAGGUCUGUCUGGACCACCUGUGCUUUGAUCUGAGGAAGGAUCCUUUAAGCGAGUCACUUGUGGGUGAGGUGGUCCCAGCGAAUGCCUGUUUAAAGUGUCUGUUUAUUACUAUAAAACUUUAAACAGUAUUGCAGCUGCAAAAGCUCCAGCAUGGCAGACGCUCUCCAGGGCCUCACUUCAUGGAAGAAUCAUAUGUUCCUCAGAGCAAGACAUGGGCAACUUGGCCCCUGAAGGACUUAGGAGUGACUACACUGAAUAUCAAAGUAGGUGGAGGCAGAGGAGGUCGGUGCAUGGAGAGGCGACAGCGGUGGGGUUGUGUGCCUUGCUGUAGGCAGCAAUGUGUUUUGUACUGGACCUGCUGAAAAGCAAAAACAAAGGACCCAACUUUGCUUGGAUCCUAAAAUAUGAGAAAUGCACUAGCACAAUGCACUACACAGAAGAAUAUUGGUGAAGGGUUUUUUGUGCUUUUGGGGUUGGGCCCCAAUGAAUGGUCGAUACUAUUACAAAUACACUUAGGCAGACUGAUUUUACUCACACAGAAAAACGGGAUGUAGAAAAAUACAGCUGCAUUAGCUUUUUACAAAGUGAGGCCUUUUCCCAUCCAUACCAACUUCUAAAUAAAUCUGACCAACCAAACGAUAGUGAAAAUAUUUUAUGGGCAGGUAUGAGGUCUCAGUGAAAUAGCUUUUAAUGUGGAAGGGAAUUGCAUUUUUGUCAGCAUCAGCAUACCAAAUGCGUAUUUGUAUUCAAAGGGAUGCAAGAAAACAUUAAAAACAGCAGUGUAAACUGGUUGCUUUAUCUAAGACAGUUAUUUUAAAUAGUUUUUAUUGACUUUUAAGUUAUGGGACCAUUGAUACCGCAUACUGAUAGCCUGGCAAAUAUUUAGAGUACUAAAAAACAGCACACAGCGAUAUCAAAAAAGAGAGAACAACAAAAUAUACCCUUGCAAUAAACGACAUGUGGGUUUGUCCCAAAAUGAAAGACCAAACCAAAAAACAACCCUCUACCCUCUAUCCAAGGCAAACUGUAUCAUGCAAGAAUAUAUGUGACUUAUACACAGUUGCAUGUCUAUGACCCAUUGAUUUCAGUGGGUGUUCUUAAAUUGUCAGGCUUUUAGCCAAUGAGUUCUGUUGCAUCCUUUUGCUCAAAAGCCCAUGUUGGUUUGCCUUUCUUAUACCUAAGACCAUAAGGACUGACAUCUUCAUACCAAAAUAUGACUGACGUGAUUUUAGUGGACCCCGAAUGGGGUUUUUUUCUCCUGCAAAUCAGCGGGGAGCAUACAACAUGAGUUGUAUGAUGGAAGAGCAUGAGAGAUGUGAACUGCCAUUGAUCUUAUGUGAUUGAUUUUGUCUGCUUGUACACUUCUAAUAAUUCAUGGACACUCAUGAAUUAUAUAUGUUUUUGGUAUCAAACGGUGCAGACGUAUUACUCAACCCCUCUUUUACCAGCUGUGUUGCGCCCAGUGAGAAUAUAGAUUUUUCUCGGCCUUUUAAUUUCUUUUAAGGUUAGCAAAUGGAUCCUCUUUUGCCUUUUUUUGGAAAUGAGGCUGCAUAAAUUACAUUUUGUUAACUGUAAGAAAAGCAGAAUUAGCUUUUCACAAUGACAAGCCCAACUGCUUUGUGAGAGCUGCAGUUUCAGAGUACCAGACUGCGUGUUUAAAUUGCAGUCUUAGGUCUAGCUACACAUUUCUUCAUCUAGCCCCCCCCCCCAUAUUCCCAAGAAUAGUCACCAUUACACAGGCAUGUCUUGUUUAGCAAACAACUUUGAGGGAGACCAAAGCCUGUCAUUGCCUGAGGGCAUUCAUUAGAGCUGACAAUGAAUGGUGAAGAUAGCAACCUAGAGAUGGAUUAUCUUGGGAGUGAUGGUGAGAGUAAUGCAUAUGAGCAUGUUAGAUGUGUAUAACAUGUUCCAAGUGAAUGGUUGCCUGCUUUUCUAGACGCUAUAUAUCACGGAUAAAAUUCUCUUCUGUGUUCAGCAUGGAGAACUGAGACUCCGAUGUGGUAGCUCUGUCAGUGCAUACUUGAAUGAAUGCAUGGGGAUGAUCAAUGGAUAGAAGUUACUAGGCUUACAGAUGAUGUAUAAUGUUACACUGUUACUGUAAUCAGUAAAAAUGUUUGCUAAA